AUGGGCGGCAGUCGGUGGCGCAGGCGCUCAGGCAGCCCAGCGCUGAAGGGCAAUCACGAAGGAGCUGCAAGUGUGCGAGCGCCCGAGGAACCAGAACCACGGGAUCCAGUUGCUGUGUGCACGGCGGCUGCCCAGUUCUGGAAGAAGCUGGAAAGCGUCUCGGGCCCUCACAACUUGCAGGCCGUGGGAGAGUUGAAAGCAGUUAAGGCAUCGACGUUGGCAGCGAAACCUUGGGACCCGCAGAGGAAAUCCUUGCACGGCCAGCUGGAAGUCACCAAGAGGAAGCUGCAGAAUGCCCAAAGUGAGUGUGACAAAACCUGCGACGCGAUGGUCAAGUUGACCAAGGACUACGAGAAGCAGCGCAAGCUCGUCUCUGACCUUACGGCGGAGACUCAGCAGCUCGAGACCCAGCACAAGAUGGCAGCGGAGCAGGCCCUGAAGGAGUACUUGAAUGACACCACGCUGUCGCUGGAGCGGUACAUCCAGAACCAGUUCCCGCCACGGCUCGCCCCGUCCGCAGAGAUGCAGACGGCCAUCGCGCAGCGGCAGCCGCUGUCGCGCAAGCGACGGCCCCAGCAGACGCUGGGGGAGGCGGCGACGCCAGCCGAGGGCGCGGGCGCGGGCGCGGCAGCCCCAUCUGGUGCCAACCCAGACCUCAGCGCCGAGCAGAUCGCGGGCUUCGACACGGAGGGUGCGAACAUGGAGGAGGAGCUCGACGCAGCUGCGCGGCGUGCCCCGGGCACCGAGCGCGCGGGCGAGGCGGUGAACCAGGCGCUCAACCUGAACGGAACGAACCAGUCGCCCACGCCCCAGCAGCAGGCGGCCACCAAGAAGGUCGAGAAGAGCGCCAAGGCCCUCUGCACGGGCAGCAAGGGUAAGGGCAGAGCAAGAGAGUCGCCGCGUCGGUAA